ACUAAUUGAAAAGAGCGAACUUAUUUGUUCAGUGUGUGCGAGGGCCGAUUGAGUGGAUCCGGAAAUUAUCUGUCGAUAUAAUCGCUUCGAUAAUUCGGAUUAUCUUGUCGCCGUUAUAUAUUGUUAUAGCUGUUUGAUCGCGUCGACGUCCAGAUCAGUCGUCAAUGCGGUCUUGAGAACGGACCGAGGGUCGGUCAUCGCAUGAUAAUGGAGCCAAGUACUACGACGGAGUCCAGGAAAACGUCCCAGGUGAAGAGGGUUUCUCUCGGAGUUGGCGGCGUUUUGGUGGUGCACCCAGACGAGCCGAAGCGAGGCGCUUGGGCCAACCAGAUCGAAUUUAUUCUAUCCUGCAUUGGGUAUGCCGUUGGCAUCGGCAAUGUUUGGCGUUUCCCUCUUUUCAUAUAUCGCAAUGGCGGUGGCGCCUUUUUAAUACCCUUCAUUCUCAUGAUGAUCACGAUGGGUCUACCCAUAUUCUUCCUGGAGCUUUCCAUGGGCCAGUACACUGGACUGGGUCCCAUAAAGGCUUUCAGUCGUAUGGCGCCGGCUUUUCAUGGCCUUGGACAUUGCACAUUGGUCGUCAUCUUCUUUGUGCUGAUAUAUUACAUGAUAAUAGUCGCGUGGACUUUAUUCUACACUUUCGCUUCUUUCUCGUCAAAACUCGCCUGGGCGUACUGCGACAACGAUUUCAACACGAACGAUUGUUACAGCAGUCUUCAGAAUGCAGAAUGUCAACAGCAAAGUAAUGAAACUAUAUUUUACAAUAAGACCUGCAUGGACUUUCACACGGUCUGUUCCAGCUUGGGCUACAACGGUGUCAAUACCACCCACUGUUUCCAGCCACCGGAUGGCGAGAUCAAAUUAAUAAGUGAACUCUACAACCGAACACUGUCGUCCGAGGAGUACUUCAGAGACUACGUUCUCGGCCUGCGCGGAGCCACAUGGGACAACUUCGGCGGCAUACGAUGGGAACUAUUGGGAUGCCUCUCGCUUGCUUGGAUAGUGUGCUUCUUCUGCCUCGUACGCGGUAUCCAGACUAUCGGCAAAGUUGUCUACUUCACCGCGCUCUUCCCUUACGUCAUUCUUACAAUUCUGCUAGUACGCGGCGUUACGCUGGAAGGCGCUGAUUAUGGCAUGCUGUGGUACAUAUAUCCCGAUUUUACGAAGCUAGAAAACGCAAAUGUGUGGGCAGACGCAGCCUCUCAAAUCUUCUAUUCACUCGGCAUCGCCUGCGGAUCCCUGGUGACUCUUGCAAGCUACAGCAACUUCAGCAACAAUUGCCACAGGGACGCUAUCAUCGUCACAGCCACCAAUCUAUUUACAUCUGUUUUUGCCGGCUUGGUGAUAUUCUCGAUACUCGGAUUCCUGGCCACGCAGAUGAAAAUGCCGAUUGAGAAAGUGGUCCAGAGCGCCGAGGGACUGGCUUUCAUCGCUUAUCCGGAGGCGGUGGUGCAAAUGCCGUGGUCGAAUCUCUGGGCCAUUCUGUUCUUCUUCAUGCUCUUCAUACUCGGCCUCGGUAGCCAGUUCGCAGGCGUGCAAGCGAUAAACACCGCCAUACUGGACAGCCGUCCGGAUUUGCGAAAAUACGAGAGUUUCGUGGUGCUGGCUAUAUGCGCUACCUGCUGGCUCCUGGCGAUUCCGAUGGUAUUCGAUGGCGGUAUCUACCUAUUCAAGCUGAUGGACUGGCAUACUGCCUCCUGGGCUAUCCUAUUGAUCGGCUUCGCCGAACUCAUUGUGCCCGCCUGGUUCUACGGGUGCAAAAGAUUUUUGGCAAAUGUUGCCGAAAUGAAAAUGAAAUUCGGCCCUUUCCUCCAUAAUUACUGGAGGCUCUCCUGGGUUGUCCUCGCACCCCUCACUUGCCUGGGGAUCUUUGGAUACCAACUGGCUCAAACUGAUUUUCGCGGAAGCUACGGCACGUAUGUAUUUCCCGACUGGGCAGGAGCACUUGGAAUCGGAAUUGGACUAGCUACCUUGGCACCAAUGCCAGUCUUCUUUGCCCUGAAAGUCUGGAAGACCGGGGAGUUCUUCAGUCUAUUUCGGCCAACGUCGUUAUGGAAGGCGGCCGAGCAGAAGGAUGGAACAGAUACGCUGGACAACAAUAGCGUCGACACCGCGAUGGUCAAUCCGGCGUACGUUCCUUCGGAUAAAGUUUAAAUUUCAUUAGUUGGCACACGCAAUAAGUGCCGGCCUUGAAAUACCUUGAAGAAAUAGCGAAAUAUCGGGUGCUUUGAGAACGUUGUUCUCUAAUAUCGCAAUUUUUAAGAAGGCAACUCAUUCCGUUUUAGGAAUAAGUUACUUUCACCUGGGAAUAGUAUGUCAAUAAAUCAAUAUGAUGCGGAAUAUAAUUAAUGAAUAAGUUUGUGCAUUGCGCAGUCGUAUCUUUCGACAAGCUUGUUCAGCUUAAUUUUAAUUUUCUGAAUUAUUUAACUACAAGGAAAAUAUUUAUUUUUGGACAAUACCCUAUUUACCGAGAAAUGUUUCAGUACGUCAAUAUGUUUUGCUGUAAUUAUGUGCAUAAAACACAAAGAAUACAAAGGAAGUGAUGUACGUUCCCAGACAUGAAAAUAGGCAAUAAUAUUUUAUUUCAUUAUUCUAAAUUUUAUCAUAUGAUCAUGCGGUGAGAACGAAAAAGUUAACAUUCCUGAUAUAUGUAUAUCAAUUUAUCAUUCCCGUAUGAUAUUAGACAUAUGAACAUUCGCAUUUUAUGUAAAAACCUUUAAUUUAAUACAUCUAUGUUAAAAAAA